GUGCGCAUACUAGGUAGGUAAGUGUCUUAUGUUAAGUUUUGUGGCGUUUUGUGGAGUGCGAAAGAGACAUUUUGAAAUAGUAAGGAAAUAAAACAACAGCAAAAUGUCGGUAGUCGAAGACGUUAGUCCAUACACGCUGGAUGCGACGAGAUUGAUCUUCUAUCCUCUAGUACUACUCGCGACUGGCCUGUGGCUAUUGUACAGAUGGCAGCAACAGUCAAGACUUCACAAACUAGGAAACAAACUGCCCGGUCCACUACCGGUCCCUGUAUUCGGAAACGCUCUUUUGGCUUACGGCAAAAAACCAGAAGAGCUAAUAACGAUGGCGUUAGAGUAUGCAGAUCAAUACGGAACCGUCGUUCGAGGUUGGCUUGGAACAAAGCUACUUAUAUUUUUGUCAGAUCCCGAUGAUGUUGAAGUAAUUCUGAACAGCCAAGUUCACAUCGAUAAGGCCUCAGAAUACAGAUUUUUCAAGCCAUGGCUUGGUGAAGGUCUAUUAAUCAGCUCAGGCGAAAAAUGGAGAUCACAUCGCAAAAUGAUCGCUCCAACAUUCCACAUAAACAUCCUGAAGUCCUUCGUUGGUAUCUUCAACCAAAACAGUAAGAACGUUGUCGAUAAAAUGAGGGGCGAAACGGGAAAAGUGUUCGACGUCCACGACUACAUGAGCGGUGUUACUGUUGACAUACUUUUAGAAACCGCUAUGGGAAUAACGAAGGACACCCAAGACGAUGCCGGGUUUGACUACGCUAUGGCAGUGAUGAAGAUGUGUGAUAUUAUUCACCAAAGACAUUACAAGUUCUGGUUGCGCUUUGAUACCAUUUUUAAGUUCACAUCGUUCUUCGAGAAACAGAAAAAACUCCUCAGCAUUAUUCAUGGGUUGACUAACAAGGUUAUUAAGAACAAAAAAGAAAUAUACAUUCAAAACAAAGCGAAGGGAAUCAUUCCCCCAACUCUCGAAGAAGUGAUUAAAGAUACUCCCGAAAACGAAACUGGGCUCGCUAAUGUCAAAACUCUUGCUGAUACAGUUUUCAAGGGCUACCGUGAUGAUUUGGACUUCAAUGAUGAAAACGAUGUUGGUGCAAAGAAACGUCUGGCUUUCUUGGACCUUAUGAUCGAAUCCGCUCAGAAUGGAACGAAUAAAAUAACAGACCACGAGAUCAAAGAAGAGGUCGAUACGAUCAUGUUUGAGGGUCAUGACACAACUGCAGCUGGUUCUAGCUUCGUUUUGUGUCUACUCGGAAUACACCAAGACAUCCAGGCUAGAGUUUACGACGAGCUGUAUGGAAUAUUUGGUGAUUCUGACCGCCCUGCCACUUUUGAAGACACUCUUCAAAUGAAAUACUUGGAAAGAGUAAUUUUAGAAUCUCUCAGGAUGUACCCACCUGUACCAAUUAUUGCUAGGAAGUUAAAACGCGAUGUUAAAAUUGCAACCAAAAACUAUGUUCUUCCGGCUGGAGCGACCGUUGUUAUUGGUCAGUUCCAAAUACAUAGGAACCCAAAAUACUACGCAAAUCCUACUGUGUUUAAUCCUGACAAUUUCUUACCAGAAAAUACACAGAACAGGCAUUAUUACAGCUACAUUCCAUUCAGCGCUGGUCCCAGGAGUUGUGUGGGUCGUAAAUACGCCAUCUUGAAGCUAAAAAUUUUGCUAUCUACAAUUCUCCGUAACUACAAGAUGGUGUCUGAUCUAACCGAGGACCAAUUCGUGCUGCAAGCUGACAUUAUCCUCAAGAGGAGCGACGGGUUCAGGGUUCAAAUCGAACCGAGGAAGAGGGUUCCAUCAACUGCUUAAUAUUAUCUCAUUAUUUUUAUUUUAAUAUUAAUUAUAUAUUGGUGAGACCGUAAAAUACUGAUAAUAAAUAAUUAUUAAUAUGUUUAUUUAAUUUGUUUUUAUAUAAUUGUUAUUUUAUUGUCUAAUAAGUGUUGCAUUAACAUAUUACUUUGUAUUACAUUUAUUAUCUAUAAGAAGCAUAUGAAUAAAUUAUCUUUACUAUAAUAUUAUGGAACAUUACUAUAACUAAAUAUAAAGUGUUAAAUUACGAAAUAAAAAAAAAAUU